UCAUUAGGAAUAACCAAUUAGCUAUUCGUAACGAUGCCAUUAAGAAAUGACGAUACAAAACGGUUCAAUUCACGAUCUGUUUGAUUUGGUUUCGCGACACAAACAAGUGCACCAUGCCUGCCGAUUCGGCAUUGACUCGGCUCGACGAGCCCAAAAACGCCAUCGAGAUCGAACCGGACGUGGACCUUGCCUCGAACGCGGUGGUGGUCCGAGGGGCCUUCAAGAGUUAUGGAAGCUUUAAGGUGCUGAGGGAUUUCAAUAUGACCGUACCAAGAGGAGGAAUAUAUGGUUUGCUAGGGGCGAGCGGUUGCGGCAAGACGACGCUGCUGGAGUGCCUAAUCGGGCGCAAACGUCUGAAUUCGGGCGACAUCUACGUGCUGGGUCAAAAAAUUCCCGACGCCCAAAACGAGCAACGCAUCGGUUACAUGCCCCAGAAAAUUGGUCUAUACGGCGAUCUGACAGUCGAGGAGACCUUGCUCUUCUUCGGGCGCGUCAUUGAAAUGAAAGACGCCAAGAUCAAGGAAAGGACGGAGUACCUGACCGAGCUUCUGGACCUGCGCCGGCGCAACGUGCGACUGAAGCACAUGAGCGGCGGGCAGCAGCGUCGCGUUUCCCUAGCCGUCGCCUUCCUGCACGAGCCCGAACUCCUAAUCCUCGACGAGCCGACGGUCGGCGUCGACACCGUCCUCAGGCAACUGAUCUGGGACCACUUCCUCGACCUUGUCCACAACGGAACCGUCACGGUCAUUAUCACGACGCACUACAUCGAAGAGACCCUCCAGGCCAACCUGGUGGGAAUAAUGCGCAAAGGUUGCCUGAUCGCGGAGGACACUCCGAAACGGUUACUUCGCGAGCACGAGGCCUCCUCGCUCGAAAUGGUCUUCCUCAAACUGAGCGUCCUGCAGAACCAAGCGCAGAGGAGGACUUCGGAACGGGUCGUUGAGCCCCUCGGUUCGCGGUUCGCCAGUAAAAUCGACAAGGCGCAGCGUGGCUGGUCGCUCAGGGGCAGUCACAUGAGGGCGCUGAUCUGGAAGAACGCCAUCUGGUUUCGCAAGAACUGGCGAACGUUCGCCAGGGCGUUGGUGCUUCCGGUCGUGAUGCUCUCGAUUUACUGCGCGGCCAUCGGGCACAAUCCCGUCGAGUUUCCCAUUUCCGUCGUCAACCUGGAGACGGGGCCGCGGAACUGCAGCGAGCAUGAGUUGCGCUGCGACGACCCGCAACUAAGCUGCGCGUUCCUGAACGUGCUAUCUCGACGGAAGUUGGUCAUGAAGUUUUACGCCAGUGAGGAUGUCGCCAUGGAAACCGUGCAGAAGGGCGAAUCGUACGCGUCCCUUACGAUCAAGGCCAACUACUCGAAGGCUAUAGCCGAACGCGUUUCCGAUUGGAACCGAGCAACUGACGCGCAGAUAGAUGGCGCCACCAUUGACGUAUUUAGGGACGUUUCGAAUAGCUACAUGUCGCUAUACAUGCAGGUGAUGCUGUAUCAGACAUUCGAAACCUUCCUUUAUGAGUACGCGCAAAGUUGCGGUCUCAGAAAGGAUCUCGUUAAAGUACCAUUGCGGUGGGGCUCGUUGUACGAGUGGAUGGAUACCGACUUCACCGACUUCACAAUUCCCGGAGCUUUACCCUUAAUCGUCUUCACCAUAUCCAUACUACUGACAGCUCUGGCGAUGUACGUGGAGCGAAACGAGGCCGGUCUCGAGCGCAUCCUCGUCGCCGGCAUCAACAAAAUUGAGCUGAUACUCUCGCACAUCAUCGUCGAAGCAGUCGCGCUGCUUCCGCAGAUCGUCUUCAUGAUGGUGUUCGCGUUUCUCGUCUUUAACAUGACGAUCAAGGGCUCGGUGGUGCUCACGGCGAUCCUCCUCUACCUGGCCGGCAUCCUCGGAAUCUGCUACGGCAUGUUCCUGUCGUGCGCGUUCAAGUCGCAAAUCGCCAUCGCGCUCGUCACGACCGGCACCUACUUCAUCAUGGUGUUCACCUGCGGAAUCGUCUGGCCGAUCCAGGGCAUGCAUCCGCUGCUGAAGAAGUUCUCGCCGUAUUUUCCGCUCACGCUGCCGACGGAUAGUUUACGCAACAUUUUGCACAGGAAUUGGGACUUCUUCAGGCCGGAGGUCUACGUGGGAUUCCUAUCGUUAGGCGCAUGGUCGCUAAUAUUCCUAUUGCUCAGUUUAAUUGUAAUACGAAUACAACGGGAAUGAGGUAGCGGCCGGAUUUCUAACUUAAUCUUCCGCCUCACACUCCCAUAUUGCACUAUCCUGUCCCUCCCUCGCUUCAAUCAUCUCUUACUCUUCCGCGCCCUGUCAUGCUCUCAACCGUCCCCAUGUUCCAUGCUUUAUUUCUUUCUUCUUCCAUCAUCUCCUGGUCUCCUUAUAU